CGGAUGUGCUGUGUAACGAGGGUAGAGCUCCUCUAGUAGACACCGUUGAGUGAUGAUAAAAUGGAGUCACAGCAGCCAAUCGAUGAAGAUCUGCAUCUUUUUGACAAUGAUGAUGACGAUAUUUUCGACGACACUAAUGACAAUCAUCAACCCGUUACCUCUGAGCAACGAAGUGAUGUCAUCAAAAAAGGAAGAAAACACAAUAGGCAGAAUGUAAAGCUACAAAUCGAUGAUAUAGAAGCUUGGCUUAUCAAGAAUCUACGGGAGAUAAUACCAGAAGAUAUGCAGCCAAUGUAUCUCAAUAAAAACAAUGUUUUGUUCGCAUAUGGUGAUCCUGUUGAUGGAAAUGGAGGGUUUUCGGUUGAAGAUGUAUUAAUGAGGCUUACUAAUGGAGGCAAAAGAACAAUCCUUAAUAGUUUUGAUAUCGCAUCACCUUAUAGUAAGAUGCCGAAUAAUCCACUAGAAGAAAGCAGGAAAAGAAUCGCACUCGACUACAAAACGGACCCGUCAUUCAUAAGGGUAAUUGAUCGACGAACUGGCAAAUAUAUUCUUUCCAAUCUUCUUAGAGCCGCUGUAGAGCAGCGUGAUGGGUUGAUUAAUUAUGUAGAAUAUGUACGUGACAAUAUAUGCCUGGUUCCCCUACUUGAGGAACUCAACAGAUAUGCUUAUACCCAGAAAAUUGCAUAUAAAACCUCCCGACAGCAACUUUGGUUUAUAAUGGAACUGGCCACAGAUCUCAAACUCGUGGAAAAAACAAAGUAUUUCACUUUCAAGACAAAUUUGGUUAGAAAUGAUUGUGAAACAAACGCUUUCGUUCUCGAUAAAUUUGUUACAGCUAAAUGGCUGCAUGGUAAAGGGCAGAAUUCUCCAGGCACAGGUGGACCUAUGGUUUCACCCAUACAAAAUGAACCGGGUGACAUCUGCAGCUUACCUGAUUCCUUGUUGGAUGGUAGUGUUAUAAUAGGGAAUUUAAACCUAAGUGUAUCUGGAGGAAACAGCGAUAAGUAUUUGUCAGAGUUCAAUGUGUUGAACGCGGAAUCCGCAACCGUAGGGAGUUGCCUUAAUACAGACCCUUCAUUCUCCAAUGUAGCCUGUAUGGACAAUUUUACUGGUGGAUAUAGCAAAACAUUGAAGGGCUUCAUAAGUAACAGUAGUUGGCAAAUGUUGCAAGAAUCGACACAUAAAAGGACCAAAACGUCGAAUGUCAAACCUGUUGAUACUUUAAAAACAGUGUUGGAGAGGAUAGAUAAUAAGCGGGCGAAUAACGUGGUUAAAAAUGUCAGAAAUACUAUCACCGUGCUUGAAGCUGCAUGUAGAUUAUAUGGUAAUGGGCCAAAGUGGUCUAAUCCAAAUAAAAAGGAAUUCGACGCUAACAACAAAAGGAAUGAGUUAAUAUAUGUAAAAGCGCCAAAAUCAGUGAACCAAAACAGUAUUUCAUACGAAUAUUUGAUGCAAUAUAAAUCGAUACAUCAAAAACUAAAUGGUGGUAUAAGACAACAGCACGCCAUUUCUUACGGUAUAAUAAGGCUUGAUAAUCCUUCUCCUGGGGAGCCUCCAAAAUCUUAUCAAGUUAAUCCUCAACCUUGGAAUAGCCAUGAGUAUGGACCUAAAUGGUCUAAUCUAGGUUCGUACAUUGGAAAGAUGCCGCCCUGGCUUUUAGCCCCGUGUCAAGAGGAAAAUAAGAUUGUAGCAAAUGAAUUUUGUGACGAAGCACAGCGCGUAUUAGAAGCCAACGUUGACCAAGUGAUGUCUUGCGAUAUACCUCCAGAAUCACAAGUAGGAAUAAACGAAUCGGACAAUUGUGUACCCUCUGAAGUUGUUUUAGAAUCCCUAUCCAGCGAUAAACACACAACUUCGGACGACGCAAAGCUAAUUUGUGAAAAUAUAAGUGACACUGCAAUAGAUUCUGUAUAUGGUUCUUCAACUGACAAUCCACAAAUGAAUCUCUAUUAUAAGCAUGAAUCAUCAACCGAUCAUACUUCAGAAAUAGUUGCAAAUGAGUGUCACGUGGUGCCAUUGAUUGAUGACAGUAUAAAGGGUGUUGAUGACAAUAAUAUCGUUAAUUCUUCCUCUGUUCCUGAAAUCGAUAAAAAGGUAGAUUGCGAUGUCAGAAAUGGAUUUGGAAAUAAUGCUAUGGAUCUUCCGUGCUCUGAAGCGGUGGAAAUGGUAGAUAAGAGAUCGCAAGGUAGCAAGAAUGAUGUCGCGACUAUUGAUGGCCAAAUGAAACUCACGGCACUAUUCCGCCAUGUGUAUGAAAAAAUAAAAAAGUCCAAGCCAUUACCGGAGUACUCUCAUAAGAUUUUACUGGGCUCCAACAAAACGAAUAACAUAGAUAAGCUUGAUAUGAAUCAUACAAUGCCGCUGUCUAUCUCUGGUAAAAGGAAGCGUAUUGUGGAAGAUGACACGGAACAAGUUAUCAUUUCUAACUAUGAAGUUAUAAAACCAACUACGUCGGAUGUAGUCGAUACCCCAAUGGACGAUGGAAGGCCAAAUGCUCAAAACGACAUACACAUGGGAAAAAAUGAGGAAACAUUGCUUGACAAAAAACAAAAUAACAGAAAAGAAAAGAUUCGCAGAAUGAGGGAGCUUGUGAAAACCAUGUUCGAGGUGGAAGCUGAAGAAAGCGAUGAUGAAAAUCUUUCUGAUCCAGAAGAUAUAAAGAAAAAAUUGCAGUUGCUUAAGCAACGGUUACAGGACUCAUCUGAAGAGGUUGAAAGUGACUCUGAUGACGAACUUUAUCUGAACGAGGAAUUGAAGGAUUUUAUUGCAGAUGUAGAACAAAUUAAUGCAGAGGAUGAAGAACUUGCUAAGCAAAGGUUCUAUGCUGACUUGAAGCAACAAGAAGAAAGAGAAUUGGCCAAACUUAUGCCAUUAAAGGAUCGAAGUGAACGUGAACUAACCAGGAGAGAACAGAGAAUGAAGUUGCUCAUGAAACUAAAAAAUGCAAAGAAUCUGCGUGACAUAGAUGAAUUGCAUCCAAGCGAUUUCGAAUCAUCAGAUGAAGAGGACAAUGAUGCAAGGAAAAAAACAAAAAAUAAAAAACAAGUGAGUAAAGAAGAUUUGAAUUUGCUUAUGAAGUUUAAAACCGGAGAGUACCAAGCUUCGGCUGGUCUGUCACAAACAGACGAAUUAAAAAUAUUUAUUGAAUCCAAGCUGAUGGAUCAUCAAAAAUAUCCUGAGGCGUCAGCAACCAUUAAAAACCGCGUAGAACGUAUUCAUAGCAAUAGGAGAUUUGGCAUGGAUGCCAUGCUUGCUUCCUAUUCUAACUCAAACAUUUUUGGUGGUGAUAUGACGCCUUCUUUAGCAAAAAAUAGGGCUCCGGGAUUGCUUUCCCAAUCCUCGUUCAACUCUAAGGACGAAGAUCACAGUAAUUCACGACAGAAACAUUCAGCGUUCCUCAUGGAAUCAUUCCGAUUAGAUCACACAUCCAUGAAACCUUUGAAUAGCGCCAAUAUCAGGAACAUUGGAGGUUUCACAGGAUUCCAUAAUCUGGAAAGUGCCCUCAAAGAUGGGCGGAAGCAAUGAGCAUCGAUUUCCUUUAUUAUAUCCACAAAUAU